GACUUAGUGAAAUUCAAUGCCAUAACCCUCUUUUGCAAAAAGCAUUAUGGGGGUUCACACAUCAUCCUACUUAGAAAACUUCCAACAAAGUGUUUGUCUGUGCCUUUAUGCUGCUGAUGAUCAACAGAUGAGUCAUGCAACCAAAAGUUGGCAGUCCCCUGCUAUUUUAUCACCUAUUUAUAUAGACCUCAAGAUAACCAACUUCAGCAAGCAAAACUCUUUCUCCUUCCUCGACAGUUCCGAAGCUCCUAGGCAGUACUUUCGAGAGAUAGAAGCGCAAAGACUUCCCGUCGAACAUGGCAACCAAGCUUCACGAUCACGUAAUGGGAACUCCAGUCAUUGCUGCGACAUAUGCAGUUCGGAAGUCGUCGAGAGCCAUUUCUUCCAAGCCAUUCAAAAGCAGUCAAUCUUGCAUGCGUUCUCCAGUGAAUGUGUCUUCCAAGCGCAAUUCAGUGCUUAAAAGAAUGAACAAGUUAGGGAAGACAGCUGAUGGUUUUGCACACGGCAUCCGAGAGCAUGUGAGAUUAAGUCCGAAGAUCUCUGAAACUGUGAAAGGGAAGUUGAGCUUGGGGGCAAGAAUUCUCCAGGUAGGAGGGAUGGAGAAAGUUUUCAGGCAUCUGUUCAGUGUCAGAGAAGGGGAGAGACUCAUGAAGGCUUCCCAGUGUUAUCUGUCAACAACAGCGGGUCCUAUAGCAGGUCUCCUCUUCAUCUCCACGGAAAAAGUGGCCUUCUGCAGCGAGAGGUCGAUCAAAUUGCCAUCCCCAAAUGGAGAAUUUGCCCGAAUCCGUUACAAGGUGUCGAUCCCACUUUCCAAGAUAGAGGAAGCAAACCAAAGCCAAAAUGUUGAGAGGCCGUCGGAGAAGUACAUACAGAUAGUCACGGUCGACAGUUUUGAUUUCUGGUUCAUGGGGUUCUUGAAUCAUCACAAGACAUUGAAGCACCUUCAACGGGCAAUCUCUCAAGCAUAGCAAGAAUUGCAAGUUGGUCACUCGGAAUUCGCAAAAGAGCUGCUCGCUCAACAGCCCACUUGGACAAUUGUGUUUACUUGAAUUGUGGAAACUACAAUGAUCGUAGAGAUUGUAUAGAAUUUUUGUGAGUAAUGCAGCGCUACUAAAAUUCGAGUCAUCCCGAA